AUGGCAGAACAAUUGAAGCGUGUUGCAUGCUCUGCUAUUGACCAGCGCGUUUCAAGUUUGCGGCAACUGAGCGAGGCAAUUUGGGCUAAUCCUGAAUUGAACUACGAAGAGCACAAAGCUCACUCUUUGCUGACUAGCUUCUUGAAGAGAGAAGACUUUGACGUAGAUGAGAAGUAUACUCUCGAUACAGCGUUUAGAGCGAGAGCCGGAGGAGAUAGCGGCAUCAAUGUAGCAUUCAUAUGUGAAUACGACGCAUUACCGGACAUUGGGCAUGCGUGCGGUCACAACCUGAUUGCAGAAGCAGGUUGUGCUGCUGGUAUUGGUCUAAAAGCUGCUCUAGAGGCUACUGAAUCAGCAUCUGGUCGUGUGACAAUUAUGGGAACUCCUGCCGAAGAAGGUGGUUAUGGCAAAAUCAGGAUGAUCGAGAAUGGCUGCUUCAAAGAUGUCGACAUCACUAUGAUGGUUCACCCUUAUCUUCUGAAUGUUGUAGAUGGCGUUUUCAUUGCUCGUGAUUCCAUGGUCAUAACUUAUACAGGCAAAGCUUCCCAUGCUGCUGCAUUUCCUUGGGAAGGCAUAAAUGCAUUAGAUGCAGCAGUUUCUGCUUAUAAUGGCAUAUCAAUGUUACGGCAACAAAUGAAGCCGACUUGGCGUGCUCAUGGUAUCAUAAGCAAUGGUGGUGCUAAACCUAACAUUAUCCCAGAAAAGUCUGAACUACAAUAUUAUCUUCGUGCACCAACAAAUGCUGAGCUCGAUGUUUUGAAGGCAAAAGUUGAGCAUAUACUUCAGUCAGCUGCUGACACAACAGGAUGCCAGGUGGAAGUGAAAUCGACUGGGAGAUACUCAAAUCUCAUCAGCAACUCACGGCUAGAGAAGUUGUAUGUUUACAAUGCACAAACGCUGGGCGUAGAAUUUGAUCCUAAGGGUAAGACAACAGCCGGAUCAACUGACAUGGGUGACGUGUCUUAUAUUAUUCCAACAAUUCAUCCAAUGUAUAGUAUUGGCACGAGUGCUUACAAUCACACUCGUGAGUUCACAAAGGCAGCGAACAGUGACUUUGGUCACCAGCAGACUCUAACUGUUGCCAAGGCUAUGGCUAUGACUGCAAUUGACAUUCUGACAAAUCCUGAAUUGCUGAAAGAUACAAGAGAAGCGUUUCAGAAUGAACUGGAAACAGCAAGACAUCCAUGAUUAUUAAAGCAUAAGCAUUAAUUAAAAUUGUUUGUGUUGAUUCUAAUACUUCCAUAUCACUUUCUUUUUUGGUGAAAAGGCGUAAGCGUAAGAACUGUGGACCAAGGGGCCAUGGCCCUCAAUAAUUUCCUGUCUUGCUGCAAUAUUCCCAAAUGCUUUAAAUUGAAUUUAGUCCCCCAAACCUCAAAAAUUUAUACGCCUAUAGGAUUAAUUGAUUAAUUAACUAGUAAUUGAAGCUGUGUUUAUACUGUUGCUUUGAAUCCACAGCUGUGAGCCUUCUAAACACCAGUGUUUUAACGUAAAUGUUUCACACUCUACACUGCUUUCAGCAUACUAUGAAAUAAUAAAUGGAAA